CAGAGGGACUGGGCAGCACAGUAUCUGAGGGGCCUUAAAGCUAGUUGAGAUCUGCCUUGAAAUAGGAUCUGGAUCUGGUGUGGUUUCAACAUUUCUAGCUUCUUCCAUUCUUGGAUCCAGUGCCCUGUACAUAUGUACAGAUAUCAACCCCAUGGCAGCUUACUGUACACAGGAGACAGCUCGGCUUAACAAUGUUCACCUUCAGCCAGUCAUUACUGACUUGGUCAAAGGAUUGUCUCCAAGACUAAAUGGGAAGGUUGAUCUGCUGCUGUUUAAUCCACCAUAUGUGGUAACACCUUCUGAAGAGGUGAAAGGCCAUGGAAUAGAGGUAUCCUGGGCUGGUGGCAAACAGGGCAGAGAGGUAAUGGAUAGAGUUUUCCCGUUAGUACCAGACCUACUUUCACCAGGAGGAUUAUUCUACUUGGUCACAAUUAAAGAAAAUAAUCCAGAUGAAAUUCUGGAAACAAUGAAGAAAAGUGGCUUAGAAGGCAUACAAGUACUUUCCAGGCAAGCAGGACAAGAGAAGCUGACUAUCCUCAAAUUUAGGAAGUCUUGAUAAUUUCUCUUCACCUUCCAGGGAGUAGGCAUGCAGAAAGUUGAACAUCUAAUUGUCAGCUGAACACUGAAGUUGUCAAAUAAUUUUUAAACCAAGAUUUUUGACCUUCUUGAGGUGUACUCUCACUUCCUGAUUACUGCAGUGAGACUGAUCAAGACUCUGUAUUUAUAUUUAUUCUGGAUGUGAACCAGCUGUUGUCUGCUGGCAGAGGUACAGUUAUCCUCUGGCUAUCUGCAGGGCAGUUGCGGAGGAACCAUGAAGUAACCCACCCUGCUGCAUUUGCACUUAAGCACCAAAGGCUUUUUCCUCUAUAAAUAUUUGUAUAUUUG